ACUGAAGGUACAUUCAGAAGUUUAAAAAGUAAUCCUGUAUUAGCAGGAGCGUUAACGUGCAGCCUCAAUGACCCAUGUUGAACAAGCUAAGUAAAAACAAUUAUAAUGAUGGCUGCUUCUCAGCUUGACCAAUGUUUUUCGGUCUCUUCCUCAGCUGGGCUGUAUCAUCGCUGGGGAAAGCUGGAGCUGGCAAAGAAACACUAUGAGCUGUCUCUACAGUUGGACCCUGAGGCUCCUGGGACCAGAGAGAACUACAACAUGCUGCGACGCAAACUGGACCAGCUUAAACGACACACACCCUGAGGGAGCCCACCGGGACCCCUGCCUGUCAUACAACACAUUUCCUCCAUUGUUUCCUUUUUGUAUUGUUCUAUUUCAGUAAUACUGGCUUUGUACCAUUUGGAAAUAAAGACCAUGAUCUGUGUAUCAAA